UUCAGAGCAAGACUUCUGUUUUUUUUCUCCUUCUGCUCUGCGCAUUGAGAUUGAGCGCCAUAUUUUUUUGCCAUAAAAUUUAAGUAUAAUGCAAGUCUAAAAACGUAAACGUCUUUGGUUGUUCACCUGCUUUGUGACAUGUCCGUGUUAAGCACCUCUACCAGCAAGCUGAAUGUACUGGUCAACAAGCUUCACGAGUACUUGGCUCAUUCCAAUGUUGAGGGCAACAGUGGAGCACCAACUUGUGAGGAUGGUGAUGGUCAGACAAACAGGAGCUGUUCUGGGGGAAAUUCAGCAGGCCAUUCUGUGGCAGAGGCCGGUCUGGAUUCUAGAUACUCAAGGAGGAAACCUUUAGUUGUCAUAAAACACUCUGGACUGGAUGAAUCUGGCGACUCAAAUGCAAGUGAGGACCUGGAUUUACCCAUCAGUGCAAACGGCCAUCUUGAUGUCACUAGAUUGCCUAAAGGCACGGUGCUGGUCAGACCUGAACCGGUUGACAAUGGCAGAGAUGAUUUCAGAGGUCCGGAGUUUCGCAGCCGGAAACCCAACGUACUGCGGAAAGAGUUUUCAAAGAGACGUGGAGGAGGCGAACAUGUGGCAAUUGUGUGCUGCACCGCAUGUGGCCGGCAAGUUAACCACUACCGGAAAGAUUCCCUGUAUCGACAUCCAGUUCUUAAAGUGCUCAUUUGCAAGGCUUGCUACAAAUAUUACUCAAGUGAUGAUAUCAGCAAGGAUGGAGAUGGGAUGGAUGAGCAGUGCAGGUGGUGUGCUGAAGGAGGCAACUUAAUCUGUUGCGACUUCUGUAGCAAUGCUUUCUGCAAGAAAUGUAUUCUAAGAAAUCUGGGAAGGAAAGAGCUGUCUGGGAUUUUGGAGAGCAAAUGGUACUGCUACGUGUGCAGCCCUGAGCCUCUUUUUGACUUGGUGGUGGCGUGCAACAGUGUCCUUGAGAACAUAGAGCGUCUGUGGCACCAACAGAGGAGGAAGAAUCGGGUAGAGCCAGGGAAAUCUGAACUGUACCACAUGUUGCCACAUUCGCCACAGAACAUUCCUUCGGAUAAAUGGGAUCACAGUGGUAUGGAUGGGAAUGUGGUCUUUAACUACAAUACUCUGCGAGUUUCCAAGGACAUUACCAAAAAGGCCAAACAUUUAGUGGACUCAACAAAUGCCCUAAACCAAACGUUUAUCAAUUUUAUUCAUGGUGUCACAACAAACAAACAGACGCCUAGUGUUCGCGUGUUGUAUCUGAACUCUUUUUUGGGUGUAGUUAAAGGCUUACGGAAAUCUCUUGCAGCAUUUGAGGAUAGCCUUAAGGAAGAAUUCAGUGAUGUGGAUCUGUCGAACAACUGGGAAAAGAUCCUCAACAGUGACUUUGAUAGUCUUCUAACAGACGCAGAGAUUGAGCUGGAUAUCUCUGAUGCAAGGUGUUUGGAUGACUUGCAGAAACAGGCAGCUGAGCACUUUGAAGAUAAUGAUUCUGAUUCCAAGGGAUACUCAGAACGGAGAGGCCAGCAUGACUGCUCUGGGCAGGACAUGGAUUCAGAUUCACAUGGAGCUCAACAGAGAACAGGGAAUAUGAACCUGAAGCCUUCUGAAAGUCAGGUUGAGAUGAGUAAAAAAUUGGUAGUAAAACUCACACCAGUAGCCAUGGAGCAUGAGCCUUCACCUGAAGUCCAAAAGACUGAAGAGGGUGUCCAGGAGAAGGAGAAGAAGUCAAAGGAAAAACAUGUAUCAGAGGAUGAAGAACGGAGUGAUGUGUGUGUUAAAGCUGACAGUGAGAUGAGCAAUGACAACUCUAGUGGUCCUCUCUUACCAGAGGGAAAAGGUACCAGACGGUCUCCUCGUGUGAAGACAACUCCUCUGCGUAGACCAAGUGAUGUUAAAACCAAAACGUCUCUUUCAGCAGGAGAUAGUGAUAGUGACUCUGACCCUGAGGAGACCCCCAACGAUGUGCCAGUCACAAACACCGAAGAACAAAGUUUGAGCAGAGCAAGAGAUGACUCUGACUCCGAUGAAGUCCCCGCUGCUCUGCUUGAGCGAGCAGCUUUGACACAAAGCUCAGAUGAACCUCAGAGUGAUGAUGAAGGGGAUAAGGCGUCAACAAACAAGGUGGCUAAGAAAUGUCUUUUUUGGCUCACUAAGAACAGCCCGAUGUCACCAGAGAAGAUGCGGCGAAAACGCAAGAUGCUGGACCGCUCCUCUGAAUCCGAAUCAAGCAACAGAGGAGUCAAAGCUCGACAGGAAAGUGGAACAGACUCCUCUAGUGAGGAUCAAGACUCUGAGCAGAAAAUACAACACUUACACACAGUGCGGUCCAUCGGGAAGCCACACCUUGUCAAAAGAGAAGAGGAGGGUGUGGCUGGUAAGCAGAGAAGAAUGCAAGCUAGGAAGUCCACAACAAAGUCUCACCAGGAUGCCUCUGAAUCAUCCUCAUUAAGUGAUGAUGAUCAAGAUGAUGACUCUGCAAGUGAUGGAAGUGAUCAGAAGAUGAAACCAAUCACAGAAGAUGUGGCCUCACUUGGAGUAGCAGCUUUCCACCAAUCAUCAGGAGAUGAUGAGCAGUCUGGGCCCUCGUGGGCAGCUGAAGAAGAUGAUGAUCCAGAAAAUAGAAUCGCUAAGAAAAUGCUAUUGGCCCAAAUUAAAGCUGACUACUCCUCGGCUGAUGAUAUUUCUUCGGAUGAGGAGACGCAGGAGGAUGACUCUGAGUCAGAGGAUAACAACGAAGCCAAACAAGGCAAUCAGGAGAAUGGGACGAAUUCAAAUGAAUCCUCUGACACCAUAUCUGAUGACCCCAAGUCCAGGCACCAUCUUCUCCGACACAAACUCACUUUAGAUGAAGGAACAUCAGGUGAAAAGGCUGAGAGUGAAAUAGGAAAGGAGGAGAGCAAGAGAAGAGCCAGGAGAAAACGCCUUAACUCUGAUAGUGAAAUCACUGAUAACACUAGUGACUCACAUGAAGAUACGGGGAUGAGCGUGGAGCUCAGUCAGACAGAGGAUGAGGCUGAUGAAGAUGAUCUUGACAGAUUGGACACAAACGAAGAAGAAACUAAUUUAACUUAUGAACUGAAGAAACAAGUGCCCUGCAUUUGGUUAUCUGACUCCAGCAGCGAUAAGAGUGAUCAAGAGGGUGCAAAUGAAGGGACCAGUGAAAGUAAAGGCACCCCUAAAGGGCGCAAAAAGAUCCGCAAAAUCAUUGAUGAUGUGAACCUCUGUGCUGAGACUCAAGAAGCCCUUAGGAUGGAGGAGGAGAGACGCAAACGUUUGGCAGACAGGGAGCAACAGAUGGAGGACAGGAGAGAGAUCAUUGAAAUACCAGAUGAGCUGUCUCAAGUGAUGUGUCCCAUCACAACCAAGCUGGUCUUGGAUCAAAAUGAAGAGACUAAGGAGCCUCUCGUUCAGGUGCACAGUAACCUGGUUACAAGACUGAAGCCUCACCAAGUGGACGGUGUCCAGUUUAUGUGGGACAGUUGUUGUGAGUCUGUGAAGAAGGCCAACUCUUCUCCUGGAUCAGGCUGUAUACUGGCACACUGUAUGGGUCUGGGGAAGACUCUGCAGAUGGUGGCGCUCCUUAACACUGUGCUGCUCUCACCAAACCUAAAAUUCAGAACAGCUUUGGUUGUUUGUCCACUUAAUACCAUCCUCAACUGGGUCAGUGAGUUUAAGAAAUGGCAAGUCAACUUGGGGGAAGCUAAAAUUAAGGUUACAGAACUGGCUACAAAAAAACAAGUCUUUGAACGCCUCAUAGCCCUGCAGAGAUGGCAGAAGGAUGGAGGUGUUAUGAUAAUGGGGUAUGAAAUGUACCGCAUCCUGUCUCUAGGACAUAAAAUCAGCAACGAGGAGUGGAAGAAGGAGUUGAAGAGCGCGUUAGUCGAUCCAGGUCCAGAUUUUGUGGUUUGUGAUGAAGGCCACAUCCUCCGCAAUGAAGGCUCCAAUAUCUCCAAAGCAAUGAAUGCCAUCAAGACCCAAAGAAGAGUGGUUCUAACUGGCACACCACUUCAAAACAACCUUGUUGAGUACCACUGCAUGGUCAGUUUUAUCAAGAAGAAUCUUCUGGGCUCUCUGAGUGAAUUCCGAAACCGCUUCAUCAACCCCAUACAGAACGGCCAAUGUGCUGACUCUACCCCAAGAGAUGUCAGGAUCAUGAAGAAGCGAGCACAUGUGCUUCAUGAAAUGUUGUCUGGAUGUGUGCAGAGAAGAGAUUACUCAGAGCUGACCCAAUUUCUGCCCCCCAAGCACGAGUAUGUGCUGGCUGUGAGGAUUUCUCCACUUCAGUACAAGUUAUAUCGCUAUUACCUCGACCAUGUCACAAAUGAGAGCGCCGUGACCAACAAAACAAAGCAUAGGCUGGGAGCAAACCUGUUCAAAGACUUUCAGAUACUUGGUCGAAUUUGGACUCAUCCAUGGUGCCUUCAUCUCAGUCAAGUCAGCAAAGAAAACAAGAAACUUUCUGAUAAAAGGAAUCAGCUGAAGGGAGUGGGUCAGUUGAGACAUGUAGAAACUAUCAUGGCUGAGAGUGGACUAGAAGAAGCUCAAGAAAUGGAAGCAAACGACAUCACAAACAGUACAAUGAUUCAUGAUGCUUCCAAAGAUGCCUCAGUAAUAGAAGGAGAGAAAGCAGACUGCAGCUUGAAGCCUCAAAGUCCAAAUGAUUGCUGGUACAAGAAUCUGCUCUCUGAGAGAGAUGCCAAAAUCCAGGAGCACUCUGGGAAGAUGGUGCUCUUGUUUGAGAUCCUCAAACUGGCAGAAGACCUGGAUGAUAAAGUGCUUGUGUUCAGUCAGUCUUUGAUCUCGUUGGACCUAAUUGAGGCGUUCCUUGAGGCCUCUCACCGUGCCAGAGAACCAUCAUCAGUCAAAGUGGGAAGCUGGAUUAAAAAUGUAGAUUAUUAUCGUCUUGACGGUUCCACCAGUGCUCUGCUGAGGAAGAAAUGGACCGAUGAAUUCAGUAAUCCCCACAACACCCGCGGCCGAUUGUUUCUCAUCUCAACGAGAGCGGGAUCGCUCGGCAUCAACCUUGUGGCUGCUAACAGAGUCAUCAUCUUUGAUGCCUCAUGGAAUCCCUCUUAUGACAUACAGAGCAUUUACAGAGUGUACCGCUUCGGUCAGCUCAAGCACGUGUUUAUUUACCGCUUCUUGGCUCAGGGCACCAUGGAGGAGAAGAUCUAUGAUCGGCAGGUGACCAAGCAGUCUCUUUCAUACCGAGUUGUUGAUCAGCAGCAGAUUGAGAGGCAUUUCACUCUUUUUGAACUGACUGAGCUCUACACAUUUGAGCCAGACCUGCUUGAUGACCCAAACUCUAAGAAAAGCAAGAGACCCCUCUCUCUUAUACCUAAGGAUACUUUCCUGGCACAGCUGUUAGAAACCUGCAAAGAUCAGAUAGUGUCUUACCACGAGCACGAAUCCCUGCUGGACCACAAACAAGAGGAGGAGCUCAGUGAGGCAGAACGCAAAGAUGCGUGGGCCGAGUACGAAGCCGAGUCAAACAAAGCCACCCACCCAGUCAGCUCUAGCCAGGACAUGUUGCACCAGAAGACCAAUGAGCAGCUACUGGAGCUGCUCAACAAAAGCAGAGCAAACGUAUCGAUGACCUUCCUUGCGUUGCAGAAGAUGAGGUCUCACACGAUCGAGGACUACAAGUUAUGGCUGAGGCAGCAGUAUCCCGUCUUGCAGAAGGCUGAGGUUGAUUUUAAAGCAAGGGCCUGGAAAGAAUAUGAUGACAAAAGGCAGGAAAUUACACAAGCCUUUUAUCGAGAUGCUCUUGCACAGCAACGAUCACUGACGUUCAGAAUUGAGGACAUACUGAACAGUCGACGAAAUCAAGGGAUCCACACAGCCGUGACAACUGUAACCCAGCCGGGACAGACAUCCCUGCCUUAGCGUGAAGAGUAGUGAUGUCUUUGCUCUGUCAUGUUAUUUAAUCAUUUUCAUUUCAUUGUAGCAUGUUACAGCGGCUUUAAUAAUCUCUGAAUGUUUCCAUGACAUAAAAAGAGUCAGUUUAACCUUUACAGCUUUAGUACAUCACAGCAGCAAGUUAUCAUGGUGUUUCCAACUUUUAGUUUAGUGUAUUAUUGCUGUGCACUUUUACCGACGUAGGAAAUGUACUGGCUGUUUGAAAAACUACUUUUGUAAUUGCUGCUUGUUACCCUGAAAGUAAUCUAUAGAUGCCUAAAAAAUCUUAAAUGUUUUUGUAUUAACAUUUUAUAUGGCUUUUUUUCUAAAUAAACCAACUAA